AUGUGUUCAUGGGAGAUUAUUUGCUCUUUUUUUUUUCUUGCAAGUUGUACCACAGUAUUAGUAGAUAAUUCCCCAUUUACUCUUUCUAAUCACCUGGGAUUCUGUAUUAAAAAAUUCUCUACUAUUGAACAAGGCAUAACUCUUCUCUGCUAUUUUCAAGUUGUAAGCAAUUUGACACUUCUAUUUCCAACAAAAAGACAUAGAUUUCAUCCGUUAACAACAAAUACGUUCACAAUUCUCUUUUCUCUGAGGGAUUCCUUACCUACCUAUAGUCUUAGUCUGUCUGACUUGUCAUUAGCUACGUUACUGCAGUCGGGCCUAGCUUCAAUUGUUAUUCCAGCUUCCAACACUCCUGUUAUUCUGGCCUCUGAGUCAAUUAUUUCUGUGGUUUUCCCUCACCACAGCGUCCGUAUGUCUAAGAUCUUGCCGAUGCGUAUAUGCAACCUACUGGUAACUGUCGUCGUCUCCUGGGUCCCAAUAUAUAGUCUACUGGGUCUAUCUAUUUUUGUCCUCUUCUUGAGUCCUAAAUGUCCACAUGUAUUCACGCAUUAGAUCAACCAAAACAAUUGGGAGCUAUAUUGCGUGAUUCCUUGCUCCGUCCAAAGCCCGCGACCACCUUUUACGGACGUGCUAAUUCAACCUGGUAGAAUACUGGCUAUACUCGUUUCGCUUGAUUCAAAUGAAUUACAAAAACAAAAAAAAUCUACUGUCGCCACUUCUUUAUCAUUCGUUUUCAUUGUUGCUUGUAUUUUACUUGGGAUGUGGAGAUCUAAAUGGAGACAAGUUUUUGACAAUCAACCUUUCACAUUCACAACGGUGCUUCCAUUCUGCAAUCCAAUCGUAUGACAACUAUACUUUCAAACGCUGGCCGUUUAAAAACAGUGUGCUUUCUUUCAUAAAAAAUACUUCUUUCGACUUGUUGUCCCAAUGACUCUUUCACAUUGCUCUUGGUCACUCGUAAAACAAAAGACACAAAAAAGCAAAUAAUCACCCCUCAGUAACAA